AAUGAUGAAGGUGUUCAGUAUGUCUGGAUUGGGCUGCAGAAGACGGGUGUUGAUAAAUGGCAGUGGCCUUCAGGUGAACCUGCGCUCUAUCUGAACUGGGGACCUCAACAACCUGAAGGCAAAGAUGAUUGUGCUAUGAUGAAAAAUGGACAAUGGCAUGAUGAUUCAUGUAGUAACAACCUGACUUUCAUCUGCAAUUCCUCUAACAACACGAACACAGGACUCAUCUUUGUCAAUCAGACGAUGAACUGGACAGACGCUCCGAGUUACUGCAGACAGAAUCAAACUGAUCUGGUCAGUGUGAGGAACCAGAAUGAGAAUCAACAGGUUCAGAAGAUCAUCAAUGAUAAUCACAUAUCUAAUGAUGUCUGGAUGGGUCUGUUCAGAGUCAGAGACUCAUGGCAGUGGUCAGAUCAGAGCGACUCCUCAUUCAGAUACUGGAAGUCUGGUGAACCUAAUAAUGCUGGAGGUGAUGAAAACUGUACAGCAGUUGAACAGAAUAAGAACACUCUGGGACAAUGGCUAGACUUCUAUUGCAACAAACAACAUCCUUUUGUUUGUCAUGAAGAUAAAUUGAUUCUGAUCAACGAGACUCUGACGUGGUCUGAAGCUCUGAGAUACUGCAGACAGAAUCAUGUGGAUCUGGUCUCGGUUCAUUCAGACGAGAUGCAGCGUCGUGUGAUGAAUGUGGUUAAACUGGCGUCUACUGCAGCGGUGUGGUUGGGUUUACGUCACUCCUGCACUGUGGGCCUCUGGUUCUGGGUGAGCGGAGAGACCGUGUGCUAUCACAACUGGGCUCCAGGGAACGGCACAGACGAGGAGGACUGUGUGUCUGCAGUGAGAUCUGGAGCAGUUCAGUCUGGAGGAGAUCAGCGCUGGAUCAGCCUUCCUGAAAACAACAAACUCAACUUCAUCUGCAGAAAUUAUGAAGAAUGAAGGAUAUGUUUGUGUUUUUCUUUCAUAACUAUGUUUCCCACCGGUCACUAUUGUGACAGAGUAUAAAACCUAAUAUUUCACUAAAUUAAAGUUACAAUGUGUAAAAUUUGGGAGGAUCUAUUGACAGAAAUGCAAUAUAAUAUACAGAACUAUGUUUUCAGUUGUGCAUAAAGACCUUACAUAAUAAACCAUUAUGUUUUUA